GGCAUUGACCUCUCCCACUUCUACCAUCUCCUUAUAUUCACACUCUUCCUCCUCCAAAGCCCUCGAUCCCUGCAUUUGUUCCUCACACACUCUCUCUUUCUCUCCUAAUUUCUACUGCAGGAUUGAAGGCACCCAAAUGCGAGCUUUGUUUCGAUCUAUGCAGGUUUGAGUGUCCUUUUCCGUUCCUCUAAAUCCUCCCAUUUCAAGAACGUGGCUUUGUGAAACUUGGAUAUCUUUCCUCUCAUUUCUUGACAAAUCCUCAUAUUCUUCAUCCAAAAUCGUUAGCCAUAAAACCAAGCAACUCUCGUUUUAGGCUUCGUUAAACUGGCUCUCCUCUCUCUCAUUAUUCCUUAGAGAAACGUUUAUAAAAAACCUUCAGAUCAUGUAAUUUUUGCCUCUUCUCUUCCAUCAUCAAACCCAAAAAAAAUCUCAAAAAAAAAAUAUAUAUUAGCUCUAUUUAUUAUGAAACCUUGACAAAGGCUCCAGCUCUAUUGUUAUCAAUCCUGGCCAUAAUUCUACCAUUCUUAUAGCCAUACCUUUAUAAAAACCACCAAAUCAUGUAAUAUUUCCCCUUCCUAGCACACCCCCUUUUUUUCUGAAAAAAAAACCAAAAAAAAAAAAAAAAAGUUACUUGCUGUAGCUUCGGACGAUGCCGGAGACGGAGAACGGAACGCCGAACGUGUCGGCUCCGCCGACGCCUGGCACGCCGGGGGCGCCACUCUUCUCGUCAGUCCGAGUCGACUCGCUGUCCUACGAGAGGAACUCGAUGCCGCGGUGCGGCAUGUGCUUGCCGGUGAACUCCUGGGCCUCCCCUCACACGUGCUUCACCGAGUUCCCCAAGCCCAACGUGUCCCUCACCCGCAAGCUUGGAGCAGAGUUCGUUGGCACCUUCAUUCUGAUAUUUGGUGCGACUGCAGGCCCCAUCGUGAACCAGAAGUACAACGGAGCCGAGACUCUCAUCGGCAAUGCUGCAUGCGCCGGGCUCGCGGUCAUGAUUGUCAUCCUCUCCACCGGCCACAUCUCCGGCGCCCACCUCAACCCCUCCCUCACCAUCGCCUUCGCAUGCCUCCGCCACUUCCCCUGGGUCCAAGUCCCUGCAUACAUAGCUGCCCAAGUCUCCGCAUCCAUCUGUGCUUCCUUCGCACUCAAGGGCAUCUUCCAUCCUUUCCUCUCCGGCGGCGUCACGGUCCCUUCGGUUGGCAUCGCCCAGGCGUUCUUCCUCGAGUUUUUCAUCACCUUCAACCUCUUGUUCGUCGUCACCGCCGUCGCUACAGAUACUCGAGCGGUAGGAGAAUUGGCCGGAAUAGCAGUUGGCGCUACGGUUAUGCUUAACAUCCUCGUCGCCGGGCCAUCGAGCGGCGGAUCGAUGAACCCGGUGAGGACGCUGGGGCCGGCGGUGGCCGCUGGGAACUACAAGCAGGUGUGGAUAUAUCUGGUGGCGCCCACUGCGGGGGCCAUCGCUGGAGCUGCCACCUACACGCUUGUGAAGCUCACAGAAGAGGACGACGGGGUGGCGCCACGCUCGGCGAGAAGCUUCCGCCGCUAGACUCGAUCCGAGGGUGAACUAUGGCUAUCCUACUCGCUGCUUCUGCUUUCUUGGUUCAUGUGUGCUUGUGUGCUUGUGUGCUUGUAUGCGACUUUGUGAGUGAUGAUAAUUUUUAAGUGUAAUAAUGGUCGUUUGCUUGGGAUGAACGACUGUGGAGAAGCUAGCUUCGUGGAAGUGACGGCAAGUCCACGCUUAUCAGCCAAAAGGGUAAGGGGAAAUGCGAAUGCGAUGGCGGAGCGAGUGGUUUGUGCUGUGGCUGACGUGAAGCUAGCUGUCCCUGUGUCGAGAGUGUGAGACGAAGCGAAUCUCGUCAGGGGGUGGAUGGGCGGAGGGGUUCGGUUUGUCAGUGGUCCUUUGUGUGGUUGUGAGGAGUCUUCAGAAUAAAGUGAGUGUGAUAUGUGUCCGGGGUGUAUCUGUUGAAAACUGCUCUAAUAAUAUAUAUAUAUAUAU